UUCUUCAUCCUGUCCGCCAUCUUUGGACGCCGCGUGCUGCUGCUGCUCUCUGCUAGGGGGAGCAGUGUGUUGAGGCGCUACAAGAACAAGAAGAGCAUUAAGAAGCCAGUUGACCGUCUGUCAUUUGCUGAUAAAAUGAAUCAAGAGAAACUUGCCAAACUUCAGGCCCAGGUCCGGAUAGGUGGAAAGGGGACGGCACGUAGGAAGAAGAAGGUUGUACACAGAACGGCAACGGCCGAUGACAAAAAACUCCAGAGCUCUUUAAAGAAACUGGCUGUGAACAACAUUGCUGGUAUUGAGGAGGUGAACAUGAUCAAAGAUGACGGCACAGUGAUUCACUUCAAUAACCCCAAGGUGCAGGCCUCGUUGUCGGCCAACACCUUCGCCAUCACCGGCCACGCGGAGACCAAGCAGCUGACGGAGAUGCUUCCCGGAAUCCUUAGCCAGCUGGGCGCAGACAGCUUGAGCAGCCUGCGCAAACUUGCAGAGCAGUUCCCCCGGCAAGUGCUUGAAAACAAAGCACCCAAAGCUGAAGACAUUGAUGAAGAAGAUGAUGAUGUACCAGAUCUUGUUGAAAACUUUGAUGAGGCGUCAAAGAAUGAGGCAAACUGAGGUGUUGUUCCCUAAAGACGACGGGGAUCUCCACAUCAAAGGACUGCAAUGAAAAGAUCUUGUUCCAUCAUUUUAACUAUAGGAACCCCAACAUACUGUUUCAACACAA